GCACUCAGCUACCUCUCAUUUGUGUCUUCACGAUGUCUCGGUAUCGGUCUCGCUUUCCAAACGAUGAAUUCAAUUGAAACCGAAGAGGAAAUACAAUAUAAGAGACCAUGGGCAGGACUCGUAUUUCGCACAGGAGGAUGGCCUUCUGCUACAACUCUCCUUCAUACGUGAUUCUGUUUUCCAGCGACCAUCCUUUUACAUUCUCUUUGUUCAGUUCCAGCCUGAGCCCGUCAUGAGGCGUGUUGAAAUCACGGCGCCCGGUGUUGUGUCGUGGGUCGACCGCCCGAAGCCCGAAGCUGGCCCUAAAGACGUUCUCCUCAAAAUCAAAGCCUGCGGUAUCUGCGGCUCCGACAGCCUGUACACCGAUCACGGCGGUAUCCCACCCUACCAGGGCUGUACGCCCCUCGGCCACGAGCCAGCAGGAGAAGUUGCAGAAAUCGGAAAGGACAUUGAAUCACCAGACGUUGAAGUCGGCGACCAUGUCGUGGUAGACACGAUGGUUUUUCAAGACGGCCUUUUGGGCUCGGGCGGUGCGCAGGGUGCGCUGUGCGAAUACGUCGUCAUCUACAACUACGAACCACGGAAGCACCUGAAGAAGAUUCCGAAGAGCAUACCCUGGCACAUUGCGGCACUAAACGAGCCCAUGGCGGUCGCCCUGCACGCGGUAAACAGGACGAGCCCGAAACCGGGCUGCAAGGUUGUGGUUUUUGGCGCGGGGCCCAUCGGUCUGGGCGCGGUCUUGGGCUAUCGUAGAAAGGGGGCGAGCCACAUUGUCGUCGUGGACGUGGUCAACGCGAGGCUCGAAAAAGCUCUCAAAGUCGGUGCCGAUGCUGUCGUCAACUCAGCUGAAGCUGAAGAUUUGGCGGCAAAGUUGGUCGAGUUGCAAGGAGACGGAGCGACGGCACAAAAUCGAGGCACUCGUCCUGGUACCGAUAUCUUUUUGGACGCGGCGGGCGCCCCGCCGGUCCCUGCGCAGGUGUGCAAGAUGGCGAGGCGAGGCGCCACGUUUGGUGUGGUAGGAGUCCACAGAAAGCCGACGGAAUUAAACUUUGCACAGUUGAUCUCGACGGAAUUGACGAUUGUUUUCAGUGUGGGAUAUCCGACAGAGAUUUUCGAGGUCACAGAUGACAUCGUCGACAACUGGGACAAGUACGCGCAGAUCGUCAGCGAUCAGAUCCCGUUUGACCAGGCGAUAGACGCGUUAGAAUUGGCCAAAUCAGGCAAGGCGAACAAAGUUGUCGUGGUUUUUGACUGAUCUCGGGGAGAUAUUCCAUGAGAAACAGACGAUUCAGUUAUCAGAUCUGAAGAGUCAACAGAGGUGGUUAGAUUAGCUUUCUCGCGGCUUAUCUACAGUCCCGCCAACCUGGAGAGUCCGUGUCGCUAGUCUCCACCAAAUCCAGACAAUCAAGCAGCCCGGAAGCUUCAUGGUCGGGUUGAAGUUUCUAGGCCAAAGAGUUGAGAUAGGCAGAUCUCGACAGUACUGUAAAGUACUUUUUACGACUACAAUGCUUUACAAACGAGAAGCGACAUAUUUGUUCAUAGUUGCAGGUUUAGCAAGUACUUGGCGUUUCGUUGAAUGGCAUGCAAAAUCAAUCUAUCAGAUAUACUACUAUCUUAUAGAUCCCCCAUACAAUGCUUCGAGU